CAACUCUAACUCUACAGCUUCAACAGUAAAAGCUCAUUAGAGCCAAAAAUAGAGCUCCAGCAGUCAGUACUCCAGCAGCUGACUCCAACUUCUGCUCUGUGUUCCGGGUUGGUGUAGGAAAAGGAGGAGGAGGAGCAGGAGAAGGACGGGGAGGAGGAGGAGGAGGAGGAGGGAGGGCUAACAGCCUGCAGGAAAACAUUUGUGUGGCUCCCUGAACAUAAAAAAAAAACAUGAACUAAGUUUGAGAAGUCACAUGGCUCCGGCUGGAGUCGUUGUUUUAAAGGUGUGUCAAGUGAACAACAUGGUCCAGAGCAGUCCGAGUCCAACCACUGACCUCUGCUGACCAUGGCCAGCGCUGAUGAGACGGAGGUUUACUUGUCGGAGCAGGUGGUGGUCCUGGUCUCCUGCGCCCUCUCCUUCCUGGGUUCCUCCCUGAUCAUUGUCACCUUCGUGCUGUGGCCAGACUUACGCACCACUCCGCGGAGACUGCUGGUCUUCCUCUCCGUGUCAGACUGGCUCUCCGCCGUCUCCUACGCCUAUGGAGUGUGGAGAGUUUUCCACACGGACUCCAUUGACUGUGUGAUCCAGGGAGCCGUGUCCACCUUCGCCAACACCAGCUCCUUCUUCUGGACCGUGGCCAUCGCCGUGUACCUCUAUGUCUUCAUCGUCAGGUCCAGUCAGAGGGUCGCUGACAGCCUGGUGCUGCUCUUCCACACGGUCAGCUGGGGCGUUCCUCUCAUCAUCACCGUCGCUGCCGUGUGUCUGAAUAAGAUCGGCUAUGACGCCUCAGAGGUGUCGGUGGGCUGGUGCUGGGUCAGGAUCACAGCUCCAGACCGGGUUCUGUGGAUGCUGCUGACUGGAAAGAUCUGGGAAUUUCUGGCCUACCUCACCCUCCCCGUUCUCUACAUCCUCAUCAGGAGGCACAUCCACAUCGCGCACUCUGCUCUGUCUGAGUACCGACCCAUUCUGGCCACCAGGCCUACAUCCAACUCCUUCUACUCCGUGGCUGACAUCAAGCUAACACUCAUUCCCAUCAUCUUCAUUGUCCUGCGUAUCUGGAGCACCGUGCGCUUCAUCCUGCUGCUGGUGGACUCUGCAGCACGACAGAACUCGAUCCUGGUCACUCUACACGGAAUCGGGAACACCUUGCAGGGAGCAGCCAACUGCAUCAUGUUUGUCUUGUUUACUCAGCCCAUCCGCUCGCGCCUGUGCUCUGCACUCUGCUCCUGCUGCUCCUCCAGGUGUGGAGCAGAGGCGCAGCAGUCACACGGUGCCUCUCACAGCCUGCUGCCUGGACAGGACACGUCCACACAGAGGGACGGAGACAGCGUCGGCAGCAGCAGGGCUAAGACACAAAGAUGAUGUGAAAUCCUGAGGAGGAGGAGGAGGAGGAGGAGACUGAUGGAUGGAACUCAUUGUGAAGAAAAUAAAGUCUUGGGGCUGGAUGACCUCCACCCGACCCCCAGCCUCACUUCAGUCAGUGGCGACAGAACAGGAUGAAGUUUCUACAGGUCUGUGGAAACACAGGCUCUGAAGAAACAGGCGUCACACCUGAUCUUUGGUGACGAUGGUCAAACUGACUUGAUGAUGUCACGUCAGUGUUUGGUUGAAGGUUCUGGAAAGUUAAAGUAUUUUUUUUUAUUAUUAUUAUUUCAAAUUUUCUUUACAUUUUAGGAAUUGUUUAAAUUGUUGCACUGAGUUUUUAGGUGUUUGAUU